AUGUCGCAGCAGGAGGAGGAGCAGCAGUCUGCUAGCAACGGCAACAGCUGGGCCAACACCACAGAAUCAAGUCGGGAUGAACGAGCUUCCGGAAUAGGCUCUCCACCGCCGUUCUUGCGUCUGAGAGCGAAUGCUACCCUAGCCUCGAGCCACCCACGUCGCGCCUCCAGAGGCGAACAAUUGUCCGAUGGGCUUGUUCACGGUUCCCGCGACGGCUACAGGAACAUCAGGGUCUUUUUUGCGUGCUCGCUUGUCUCUCUCGCCGCCUCUGGAGCCUUUGGGCCCUUGGCUGUCUUCUUCUUCCCCUCCCCCACAUCCCCGAGACCUCAAACAUCCUCUUCUUCCCCCUCCCAUCCUCCCACUGCCCAGGUUUGUCAGGCUACACAAGCAGCGAAACAGGUCGGGCGAGACCGCCACGCCCGCGCCGAUAUGAACCGACCGGCCGGCCGAGCCGCCGUUCAGAGUCCGCGUUGGUGCAAAGUUGUUUCUGAUGGCGGCGGCGACCUAAUGUCCGCAACAUUCCUCCCCGGUGGCCGUUUUGCCAUUGCGGUUGAUGCGGGUUGA